AUGGACUUCAUCUCUUUGACUAUCGAGUGGAUGCAGAGGCACAGGACCUACGCACGCAUCUGCUCCGCUCUUAUCAUUGGCGCUGGCGCCUAUGCCAUCCUCUCGCUGCAUUCGAUAACUUGGAGGAUCUUCGUUGGGAUCGUUUGCGGCGUUUACUUCCUCUCUCGCGGCACACUAUUCGAUGCUUGUGCUUGUGCCUGGUCGCUCACUCUGAUCUGGCGCAUCUCAUCAAACGCCCACGAGCACUGGCCGAACUGGCGAGAUCAAGUGGACCCCCAGAUCCUUCCACUUACUAUUGGAGGUGUACUGCUUGUUCUGGGAGCCAAAGGAUUUGAACUCGUCAAUCCGAACUGA